AUGUAUCUUCUCACGAUUCUAUUCCUUCUCGCUGCAGCAGUCUUGGCGAUUCCGGCCAUUGGGACUGUGCCGACUUUCGACGCCUCAGAACCCGAUCCUCAAGAGCGCAUCACCGACAAGUACCUCUUCAAUCUGACUCUCGAACAGAACUACAAAGCCCAAGAUAGGUUCACCAAAGAUGCCAAAAAGAUGAUCGAUGGUAACUUUAAAACGGACCUGCUCCAACAGUGCUCGUACGAGGCCAGUGUGAAGCGGAAGGCCUGCGAUCGUCUUGCACAGCUCUACUAUAAGAUGGCCAGAAGAUGGGGCUGGAUGAAGGAAGGCGUUAAUCAUGAGCUGUUGGGGCACACGUUGCAGGCCAGCCUGUCGGAGUUGACGCCGCAGGGACAGCACAUGGUAAUCAAGUUGGAGCCACACAUGAAGAAACAACUCUCCACACUCUCAAUAGCCUGCUCCUGGUUGGUGCCCAACUGCUUCCGCACGCAUGGUUCUGAAGUGGAGGUAGUUGUGGUAGAUGAAGCGGAAGAAGACGAGGUGGUCGAGGUGGAAGAGGUGGUGGUUGAGGAAGACGAGCCGUCUGUUGUGAUGGUCUUGGUUUUGUAUAUAGAGUCUGGGGCUGGAUUCGUGUGUGCAGAUGCCAAGACACUGGUGCUUGACACCGUUGUCGUCGUCGAUGUCGUCGUGGACAAGGAUGUGGUUGUCGAGACCGUCGUAGAGAGCACGGUCGUGGUGACAGAACUGGCUGCCGGCUGCGUCGGUGAUGGCGACUGGGUCACCGUCACAGUAGGGCGCCGAGCCGUUGUCGUUGUGCUCGUUGUCGCCGUUACCGUGAACGUUGUGCUCGAGACGUACAGCGUCGGCUUGGGUCUCAUUGUGAUGGUGGCGGUGACCGUUGUCGAGACCAAGACAGAGGAGGGGGAGGAAGAGGAAGAGGCGGCGGCGGCACCGCAGUGCGUGGUGAGCUCGAUAGAGAGGCCCACGACGGCGGCGGCCAGCAGCGCAAUACAUAUGGCGAGGAUGAUCUUCACCGUCCAUGCGCGGCAGCUCUGGUCGCGCUUCUCGUUGAUCCAGGCCCCGAUGGCUGUGUGGUUGAGGUCGUCGCGGAAGGAUCCCAUCUCUAUUGAGCGCAGGUUCUGGUUCUGCAUUGUCAAAGUUGUAGUAGAGUGUCUGGGCAAAAAGCAGACCUUCACUACCAUCUGUCCUUUCAUGAGUAUCUUUGUGGGCAAGGAGCUUCCUAGAUUUUGUGCGACAGGACACAAGCAUUUCCCAUUCUAUGUUCUCUCGUGA